AUGCAGGCUGAUGUUGAUAAUAGUGGAACCAUAGAUUACAAGGAGUUUGUAGCAGCAAUGCUCCAUCUAAAGAAAGUUCAGAAAGAGGAUCACAUGUUCGUAGCCUUUUCAUAUUUUGACCGAGAUGAGAGUGGAUACAUCACCCAUGAUGAGCUUCAAAAAGCUUGCGAGAAAUUUGGUGUUGGAGAUGUUCAUCAACUAGAAGAAAUCAUCCGUGAAGUCGAUCAAGAUAACGCUGGUCGAAUUGAUUACAGUGAAUUUGUGGCAAUGAUGCAAGAUAUUGAUUUUGGAAUAAAAGGAUUGUCAAAAAGCUGA